AAAAAAAAAAAAGAAAAAUGACUUAUCAAAAUUCUUCGUUACGAGCAUGUGUAUUUAUCGAUUCAAGUAAUCCUGAAUUACCAAAUCAAAUUAUGAAUCAUUCUUCUCAUCCUUUUAUUAAACCACCUUUUCCACCUCUUAUCGAUCCCAAAGAUUUAUUAAUUAUAAGUAAAGAUAAUAAACCUUCUCGUUCUCCUAACGCAUUCAUCAUUUAUCGUAAAGUUUUCUUAAAAACUACUAGGGAUCAAGGAUAUUUCUUACCCAUGACAAUCGUAUCUUCAAUGGCAUCUAAAUCUUGGGAUAAAGAAUCGGAUGAAGUAAGGGAUUAUUAUAAAAAACUUGCUAAAGAAGCUUAUAAAUAUCGUACUGAAAAAUUCCCCAAAAAAGUUAAAAGACGUAGAAAGAAGGAACCUUGGAAUGCAAAUAUCGCUUUUCAAAAUGAUUUACACAAUACAUUUUUCGAUAAUUCGAAUCCAUCAGGAAAUUUAUCAUCUUCUCCGGAACUUUUCUUAUCGUCGGAAAAUAUGUUUUCUUCUCCAAAUAUAGAACAACAAAUUAACGAAAUUAAUGAAAUUCCAUUGUUUAACGAAUAUUCAAGUCCUUCUUUAUCAAAUAAUAGUAGUAUUAUGUCCUCUCCUGAAAUUACAUUACAUGAUAACAUUCCUGAAUUCU